UCCGCCAGCUGUCGAUUACCUGUCACCACUAAUGCGCGGCUAAGCGAAAAGUGCAAGAGUUUGGAAAUAUCAUUAAAGAAGCAAAGCCGUGUAAACUAAAUACAGUGCAGAUGUGGACAAGUUCGAAUAUCUACGAGGACCACAGGAAGCCACUGCCGUACAUCCGCCGCAUUAGAAUGUCACUGAAGCGGAACCAGCUGCGGUGCUCAAAGCCACCGCCUCAGAAUCGUCAAGAACUUCUGGAGAGUAUCGAACGAGACCGCGGAGUUCUGGGAGCCUAUCUUCAAAAACUAAACAGCCAACAAGAGGAAAUCUCUACAUUUCCUGUUUCUGCGCCUCCAGCUGCACCGGCUCUAUCCGCUCCCCACGCUUCUCCUGCUCUGUCCGUUCCCCACCCUCCACCUCCUAUGUCCACUCUACCAGCUCCUCCUGUGCCACAGCGCUGCAGCUACGACCUUUUCUUCGAGAGCGCCUGCAUCACCGUCAAGAACUUACCUCCAAAACUGGCUGCAGAGGCCAAGAGCAGAAUAUCCCAGAUCAUCACCGAAUUCGAAAUCCGUGCCAUCGAAAUGGAAGCCAUGCAACAGCAGCAGCAGACGAAAGACAUAUUGAAAGGUGACACCCUUGAGGACGAUAAGUCGAAGAUAGUCUACGAAUUCCAUCCGUGCCCCUAAAGUAGGUUGUGAGUUUUCUGUUCAAGCAACCCAAGAGUGUGCCAGGGCACACUUACAAAACAUUUUGGGAGACCUUUCCAUCAAAAUUAACAAUAAAGUUGUAAGACUU